ACCGCCAUUAAAACAUGAACAAGAAGAAGAGCAGUCGCUCCCUAGCCUGUUUGAAGACGAGUCCUGCAUAAUACGAAUGUUGGCUGAGGAAGCCCUUUAUGAAGUUUGUUUUAAUUUUAUAAAGUUAUGUAUUUAGCUCAUUGCCGGUGCUACGUGAAAAACAAUCAUAGGUUAGACGGAAUCCAGCAUCGCUUUAGAAGUUGACAAGUUUCCGAGAACUGUGUUAACAACGGUUGUCAGCUGACUUCAGCAUGGCCCAACAAGCUGCUGCUUUGCAGACCUACAACAAUGAACUCGUCAAGUGUUUUGAUGACCUGUGCUCCAAACGGGAAGAGUUGAGCCUUCAGAUCAAGUUGGAGGAAGACGAAAAGGAACGACUCCAGUACGAGAUUAGCAGCCUCUCGGAGAAGCUGAGCAGAGUUAAUGAAAGCCUGGCACAAAAAACGGCUGCACACAACACCAUAGACCGCACCAUCGCAGAGACUGAGGCUGCUUACACUAAGAUCUUGGAGAGUUCGCAGUCUUUACUGAGUGUCCUAAAGCAGCAGGCAGGAAACUUCAGUAAAACUUUAGAGCAACGGCGAAAAGAGCACUGAUUUGCAGAGUGGUUCAUGAAAGACUGCACAAGGAACCGUUUCAGCAUUUUGGAUUUAUUUGAAUUUUUUUGUACCAAUAAAUAUCGAAUUCUACUGUA